CUCUGCUCUGAGUCUCCUAAUCUUUCCAGAAUGAUGAAGGCACUCCUGAGCGCAUGCCUCCUCUUGGUCCUGCUUUCUCCAGUAGAACUCCGAGCGCAACUUUUGAAUAAAUGCACGUCAUCCGACAAUUGUUUCUCAGGCAAUUACAGCUUCACUGCAGGGGAUGGUAAAUUCUUUGAGAUGAAGAAGCACUGCUGCAACACUGAACUGUGUAACAAUGCAACUCUCAGCCUUCCUGAUCGCAACAUGCUGGCUGAAAAUGGCCUGAAGUGCCCAGCCUGCUUCUCCGAAGGAACCACACAGUGUAAAAGUGAGAAGACCAUCAACUGCCUUGGGAAUGAGACCCAGUGUGUUGUUUUUAAAGGAGCUCUUCAUAUAGCCCCUUUUAAUUGCCACAUUUUCAUGUUCCAAGGUUGUGGAACAACAAAUUUUUGUGCCAUCACGAAAAACAGAAGAAGACUUGGAAGUGGGGGAUUUGUCCUUUUUAUUACCCAAAAAAGAUGUUAUAAUGCUUCAGGAAUCUCACACCAGCCUGAACAUGAAGGGUAA